UGACCGGGAGAUUAUUUGAAGAGGGCGAGGGACACGGGUCGCUUAGCCCACCCGGGGUCGAGGGUGGCCGGUCUGCCCCCUGGAAACGCAGUGUCGGUCAGAACAUUGCUUAGGGAGAGGAGGGGAGAGAGAAACUUCGGUUGGUUGGUCGGUUGGUUGCUUUCUGUAGGUGCCCGACUCCAUGGACCGGCAACCUUUUCUGUGCACAGGAAGAGCUCAGCCAGCCCAGGCACUGGCCAGGCCCGCCCCUCUUCUCGAUGAGAGCAGAUACCUAAGUGGAUGCAGUAUAAUGUAUUGGAAUAUGUACAGCUGCGCUGUGCAGCCCCCCAGCCACUAGCCGCAUGAGUCUGUUGAGCCCUGGAAAUGAAGCUAGUCAGAAUUGAGAUGGCCUAUAAGUGCACAAUAUACGCCUGGCUUUUGAGGACUUAGUAUUAAGAAGAACUCAUUAGUAAUUUUUACGUUGCUACAUGUUGAGAAUGACAACAUUUUUUAAUAUAUUAGGUUCAUAAAUAAUAUUAGUAAAAUUAACUUCAUCUGUUUUGCCUUUCGUAAUGUGACUACCAGGAAGUUUAAAAUUACCCAUGUGGCUGGCAUUAUAUUUUUCAUGCACAACACUACAUACCUAGGAUACUUGAGUAUACAAAACAAACGGCUCUCAGGGAGCUUACAUUUGAUAGAGAAAGACAAAGUAAAAAAGCAGGUGCUGUGGAGUAAAUAGCUGUGGUGUUCGGGGCAGGCCUCUGAUGAGAUGGCAUUUGAGCAAAGACCUGAACUCAGGGAGGAAGCCCUGUGACUAGAGAAACCUUGCAGGUAGAUGGAGCAGCUAUGAAGGCCCUGAAAGAAGAGCAUCUUUGCCUUUUUCACAGUCCAGCACAAAUUUCAGCUCCUAACAGUCCCAGGUGGUGAUUCCCUCAGCUUCGCAGCCCUUGGUUUCUAUAACAAGUCUAGCACGGUAGUGGGACUUGCUAAGCUCUUAUCUCCCUGCCAUUUGGAAAGCCCUUCAGAGCAAUCACCAUGUCUUGCUUAUCUCUGUAUCUUCUGCUUUCCUCCCCUUGAGAUCUCUACCUCCUUUCACAGUGCUUGGCACCUGGAAGGGACUGAGUCUGAAGAAUAAAUGAACAGGAACAAGCAUGCUUUAUCUGCUGGUCUUGGAGGGGAACUAUCUGUUUACUGUAGUAUGUGACAAACAAGCUUCUUUGCAUGCAGCUGUUUCUGGAGCACAACUAGUACCUGCAUAAUCAGGGAGUGUUGUAAAGGACUCAGGAAGUCCUGAUGGUUAAAUCAUUGUAUAUCUUCCACUUAUAUUCUCACCGAAGAAAGUCAUUUUCUCUGUAGCAUAGUUUGCUUAUUUAUUUAAAAGAGAAGCAUUGCCCCGCCAGUGUGGCUCAGUGAUUGAACCAAGAGAUCACUGGUUCAAUUCCCAGUCAUGGUAUAUACCCAGUUUGCAAGCUCAAUUCCCCCCCGCCCCUGGGAAGGGAGGUGGGGGCGUGCAGGAGGCAGCCAAUCAAUGAUGUUUCUCAUCUAUGUUUCUAUCUCUGUCCCUCUCCCUUUCUCUCUAAAAAUCAAGAGAGAAGUAUUGGUCUGACUAGGCCACUAGCCUGUCCACUCCACAUAGCCUAAUAGGGUCACAAGAUAGGCCUGUGGUUUCUGUCUAGCCAGCCCUGCUGUGCGGCUUGUCAAGUCUGUAGAAACUGCCAGGGAAGGCAUGAGGAGGCUCAGUUACAUCCAUAUCUGUCAGAUCAAAUGAUGUCAGUACUGUGCUCGCUUCGGCAGCACAUAUACUAAAAAUUGGAACGAUACAGAGAAGAUUAGCAUGGCCCAUGCACAAGGGUGACACGCAAAUUCGUGAAGUGUUUUUAAAAAGAAAAGAAAAUGAUGUCAGUGCUGUGUGUGCUGGAUCUCUGUUGUGACGGCCAGACUGUUGCUGCACAGGAUCACAUUGGUCCAGAUGGCCCGCUCUGGCCCUUCUCCAGCAACAACAGGGUUGAGAAAUAUAGACCAGUGAAGUUGAAUGAAGUAGUUGGGAAUGAAGACACUGUGAGCCGGCUGGAGGUCUUUGCUCGAGAAGGGAAUGUGCCCAAUAUUAUCAUUGCUGGCCCCCCAGGAACUGGCAAAACUACAAGCAUCCUGUGUUUGGCACGAGCCCUUCUGGGCCCAGCUCUCAAGGAUGCUGUUUUGGAACUCAAUGCCUCAAAUGACAGGGGCAUUGAUGUUGUGAGAAACAAAAUCAAAAUGUUCGCCCAGCAGAAAGUCACCCUUCCCAAAGGACGACAUAAGAUCAUCAUCCUGGAUGAAGCAGACAGCAUGACUGAUGGAGCCCAGCAAGCCUUGAGGAGAACCAUGGAAAUCUACUCCAAAACAACUCGCUUUGCUCUUGCUUGCAAUGCUUCAGAUAAAAUCAUAGAGCCCAUUCAGUCCCGCUGCGCAGUCCUCCGCUACACAAAGCUGACCGAUGCCCAGGUCCUCACCAGGUUAAUGAACGUGAUCGAGAAGGAGAAUGUGCCCUACACCGACGAUGGUCUUGAAGCCAUUAUCUUCACCGCCCAGGGAGACAUGCGGCAGGCAUUGAACAACUUGCAGUCUACUUUCUCAGGAUUCGGCUUCAUUAACAGUGAGAAUGUGUUCAAGGUCUGCGACGAGCCGCACCCGCUGCUGGUGAAGGAGAUGAUCCAGCACUGUGUGAAUGCCAAUAUCGACGAAGCCUACAAGAUUCUCGCUCACCUGUGGCAUCUUGGCUACUCACCAGAAGACAUCAUUGGCAACAUUUUUCGAGUGUGUAAAACCUUCCAAAUGGCAGAAUACUUGAAACUGGAGUUUAUUAAGGAAAUUGGAUACACUCAUAUGAAGAUAGCCGAAGGUGUGAACUCUCUUCUGCAGAUGGCAGGGCUCCUGGCCAGGCUGUGUCAGAAGACAAUGGCCCCGGUGGCCAGUUAGAGCGGAGAACUCAUUGAUGGGGUGACAAGAGUCCCUGACAGUCGGGACUCACAGCCUUCUGCUCUGGGAGAGAAUGCUGCCCAGACUGGCAGUGGGACUUGCCUUUUAGUAACAUGCCGUGGCCUUCCCCGUGCUUCUACACACAUCUCCAGAGUGUUUGCAUUCAGCCCCAGGCUCUGAGACAUGGUGAUGGGGGAAAGGCCGCAGAGAAUGUCCAGGGCACAGCACCCACCUGGGUGUGUGUUGGCAUUUUAGCUAAUAAAACUGUACAAUUUGUCAGCAAUAAUGUGGCAGGGCAAGUCUGCAAAGAAAGCCAGCUUCCUGUCUGCGUGCUUCUUGCAUCCUACAAGUAGAAAAGGUGAUUUAGAUGACAGACGGGACAAGCGAAUCUCAAUUUUUCUGGAGGUCAGUUCCACGGGGUGAGGGCAGGGUUUGUUGUAAUUUACUGACCAUUUAGAAAAACUACUCAACAGCUGGGGCCAUGAGCUCUUUAGAAAGGACUUAAGGUGUCGCUGAGGAAAAUGGUGCAGGCUUGGCGCAUGGAGACUGCCAGGUCACCUUGUCUGUACAGUGCUUGUUGAUUUGGCAUUUCCCAGUAAACUUUAUAUUAACCUGUAGAAUUGCUUUUUUUGUAAGAUACUAUUUUUUUAAUUAUGAAAAAUACCAGUUGUACAUAACAUUGAAUGAUAUUCACAUACUCAUCACCCAUCUUAACAGUUGUACUAACACAUGGCCUAUCUCGUUUUCUCUGUAUUCCUACCGCCCCACUCGGAUUGUUCUGAAGCAAAUCCCAGAUGCCAUUUUAGAAUAGCAUUGUUUGUGUGUUUGUUUAAUUGAUUUUGGAGAGAAAGGAAGGGAGAGAGAGAAACAUCGAUUAGUAGCUUCCUGUACGUACCCCAACCAGGGAUCGAAUCCACUGUGCCCUGACGGAAUCAAAUCCGUGACCCUUCAGUGCACAGGACAGCGCUCCCACCGACAGCCACACCGGCCAGGGCUAGAAUGGUGUUAAGGGCGGGGAUGGGAGUCACUCAUCCUGUGGUUAGUGGACUCGUGAAAGGCUUUGAUUAAAAACACUUGUGUGA